UUUUCAGUGACGUAGAGUUAUCGGGUAGAUUGUGAAGGACUGAAUAGCCAAAGAAUGGGCGUUUUAAGCUGUAAUUUUCUUCGUAUCUCGCUGUCAUUUUUUAUAUUCAUCUUAUCAUGUCUGUUCGGUGUGUGUUUGGGUUCCGAGUUGAGCUUUGUCACAUGUGGAUCAGUUAUUAAGCUGUUGAACAUAAAGCAUAACGUGAGGCUCCAUUCACACGACGUACGCUACGGCUCCGGUAGCGGGCAGCAGUCUGUAACUGGGGUUACAGCAGUAGAGGACAGCAACAGUUACUGGAGCAUUCGUGGGACAAGGGACACCGCAUGCCAUCGUGGGACUCCGGUCAAAUGUGGCCAAACCAUUCGACUCACUCACGUCAACACCAGACGCAACCUCCACAGCCACUACUUUGCCUCUCCUCUCUCCUCCAAUCAGGAGGUGAGUGCAUUUGGCGAGGAGGGUGAGGGCGACCACUUGGAUGAGUGGACCGUGCAAUGCAGCAGCAGCGUAUGGGGGCGAGAGGAGGCAGUUCGCUUCAGGCACAGAGCCACAGAUGCCCUGCUCUCUGUAACUGGCGAGCAGUAUGGGCGACCCAUCCAGGGACAGAGGGAGGUGCACGCUAUGUCCAGCCCCAGUCAGCACAGUCUGUGGAAGGCCAUGGAAGGUGUCUUCAUGAAGCCCAGCGACAGUGCAGCAUUCAGGGAGGAGCACAUCCAUACCGAGUUUUAGUGGACUGUCCCAGCUGAUUACUGUCGGUAUCUGCCCCUGACAGUCUGCUCUGUCCUGUUUUAUUACGACUACACCAGCACCCUUCAAAUGUGCCUCUCUGCCCUCAUGCUCACCCUAUAAUUUUUUAAACUGUAAAAAAAAGUCUCUGCAUUAAAGGGCCCAUAUUAUGCUAUUUUCUAACAAACAUACUUGGAGUUUUGUUUCAUUCACACUUGUUUAACACAUAAAUCCUGCAUAUUUAGGCUUUUUAGGCUUUUUCUGUCAAAGAGAAAACAUUCUGUUCCACCUUGUGAUGUCAUGUAGUAAUACAUGUAGUAGUCCUCCACUGUGUUUUUAAACUUCCUUUCACUAGAAUCAUUUGAAUAAUUUCAGCCCUGGAAUUGCCCAUCUCUACUGAACUAAAGGCAAAAGGAGCUGUUAACUUAAACAGCUCCAGGAAUCUGAAGACUAUCACCACUGCACAGGGCUUUUGCUGUCACAUCGGGGGGACUGGUUCAGAGCAUUUUACGUCAUGUUUUUGUUAAUUGCUUCAGUAUUCAUGUGGAGAGAGGGUCGGCUCAAAUGAUUUCUACUCUGCCUCCUUUUGUUGUUUUCAGCCAGACAACAAAUACGCUGCCUAGCAAAUCAGUAUUUUUCAUAGGACACACCUCAACGAUUGGGGUUGUCUCAUUUACUAAGAACAAAACAAGAAUUUUGUUCAGUACAGAACUUGUUUAAAUCUUUAACAUCAUUGUUUUACAUUGAUGCUAUUUGUGUUGCAAGUUUUAUCUUAGCAACCAGCCUGUAAGAAAUACCUCAAAUUAAAGUGUUUUUUUUAUGCAUAAGAAUAACGUUUUACUGCUGUCUGUAUUUUAAGAGGUAUUUUCACAUGAGCAGCAAGAGUUCCCAGAACUAUUCAUGUUUACCUUAUAAACUGGCCAUUAAAAAGUUGUUUUAGUUGCUGCAGCAAUCU